GCCACCAUUUUUAUCCUCUCCCCUAUCCCUCUCUCUCUCUCUGCAUGCCCCCCCCCCACACCUCUCCUCUUCUCCCCUCUCUCCCAGAUGCCCCUAAGAACACGUCUGUGUUUGCGCAGCCCUCCAGUGUGAUUGACGCGGGCCGUCCUCUGACUCUGACCUGCAGCAGCCAGGCCAACCCGGCGGUGGACAACUACACGUGGUUCAGGAUCAAUGCGGCUGACGCCUGGGUAACGCGAUCGGGCCCUAGCUACACCUUCGCUGAGGUCAGCCCCGGGGAGAGCGGCCAGUACUACUGCGAGGCACGCAACCGUAUCGGCGUCCACAGCUCGCCUGUCCUCACUGUCAGGGUCAGAGGCAGACUGAAGGUUAUCGCCCUGGCCUCAGCUGUGGGCGUGUCUGCUGGUCUCAUCACUCUGACUGUGGCCGUCAUGAUCAGCAAAAACAUGCACAGAGUAGACAUGGAAUAUCCAGAGGAAAACAAGAAGAGGCCAUCGGUGACAGCUGACACCCUGUUCUACGAGUCAGUCCAGCAGACCCUUCAGUUGAGGACUGGCAAGAUGUCUGACAUCCCGGAGGAGCCAGAGGAGGUGUAUGAGAGGGCCCAUCCCUCCAUCGUACCCCUGAAGGAUGCUCCACCCUGCACAGAGGCAGACAGCAUCCUCAACUAUAUCACUGUGCAUUACUCCAGGAUCCCAAGUCUGGACCAGAUUCAAGUUACAAAUGCACCACUGGAUGGCGAUAAAGAGCCAAAGGAUGCUGCCAAUGUUGUUUACACUGUCCUGGCCAGACCACACCAGUAGUGGUGCAGAUGAGAACUGUAGCUCCAAAUGAGUGACAUCGCCAGAAGGAUCUCUACCAUCGACCCCUGAACUGCUUCUGAGCUGGACUGCUCACUCUAAGCCAAUUUACUGUUUAUCUAAUUUACUACAAAGUCUAAUUUACUAGGAAUAGUUCAAGUAGUUACUUGUAAUUCAUUUGGCAUUAUAAGUGGCAUUAUAACUCAUUUAUUAGCAUUUAACAUUUUACUAGUAGUGGCCAGAUAAUGAAAUAUUCCGAUAUCAGAAUCAUCCUUGAAAUCAUCUUUUUCACCCUCAGAAGGAAGUCAUUUUGGACAUUUUCUCUCUGGCUUCUCUCUAUCUCCUCCAUAAGAUAUCAUUAAAAUGUAACAUACUUUAAAAAUGAAGUUUGGUAUGCAUCAUCACUCAUGCUAGUCUUAUGGACAAUGUGUGUAAAUGUGUUACUGAUCAUAUCUUAUGUUUAGGGUAUGGUUGGUAUGUCCCAA